AUGCGACUCGUUGAGUAUCCUCAGAAUGGGCGAGUACUCAGGAGAUGGACUUAUGAGCGAUGUGGUGAUGGUUCCAGGAUGACAUCUGACGUCUUUUCUCAAGGGCUGGUACGUUUUCCUCUAGUCAAAUCUUGUUAUAGACCUGGUCCGCUGUCUCCGGUGGCGCACAAUAUCAAACAAGAACGGAUAUUUAAACGAGAAAAGAAACUUGUGGAAGAAGAAGCUGCCGAAGAAUUUCAAGAUAGGAAUAAGGUGCGAGGAAAAGGGGCCAAAAACGAAGCUGAAUCGAAAGAGCCUCGAAAAGCAUAUGCGCAACUGAGUACAGCAGAACGUAGGAGGCUUAGCAAAGAGCCAACUGAUUUGCACAUCAACGAAGGUGCUGCUCUGAAAGAGAUGAGUAAGCUCUAUCGAGAUUUGCUGGAAAGAUUUGAAAAUCUGAAGCAGAAGCAAGAAUCUCAGGUUUGAUU